AGAUAUGUGUAUCAAGUCUCCUAAUAUUUCCUUGUGAUAGGAGAGGUGGUCAGCUUAAAAGCACAGUAAGGCGCUUCAAGAGCUGGCUGGCAAGGGUUACCUACAUGCAGGAAUGCAAGGGCCAUCACUCCUUCCAGGACUCUGUUUUCUGCUGAGUUUGUCAGAAGUUAUGGUUCAGAUGACCGAAGCAGCUACUUGUCGGUCCUGCCCCCAACAUGCUCUCUGUGUCAACAGCACUCACUGUACCUGCAACUCCGGAUACACUGCUGCGUCUGGGAGGAAAUUCUUCACAUUCCCCUUGGAGACGUGCAAUGAUAUCGAUGAAUGUAAGCCACCCAUUAGCAUAUAUUGUGGGUCUAACGCUGCAUGCCAAAAUGUCGAAGGAGGUUUCCACUGUCGCUGUAAUCCCGGAUAUGAACUCCUCUCUGGGGACACACGAUUUGAGAAUUCCAAUCAGAACACUUGUCGAGAAACCACUUCCUCAAAGCCAACCAAAGAUACAGAAGAGCUGCAACAUGUUGUUGAGAAAUUCGAGUCAUUUCUCACUAAUGACACUGCGUGGGAAACGGGAGAGAAGAGAAAAGUCGCGACCUGGGCCACAACUGUGCUCCAGACUAUAGAAUCGAGUGCUCUAGAAACUGCCUUGAAAGCCCCAGACCAAGAAAGCCAGAAAAUUCACAACAGUACUGUGGCUAUUGAAACCCUAGUUGUUACAAACAAUUGCUCUGAAGGAGGAAAGGUCUUCAGCCUGAACACCUACAUGAACUCAAUGGACAUCCAUUGCAAUGACGUCGUGCAGGAAAACAUGCCAGGUCCCACUGCAAUUGCCUUUAUUUCAUACUCUUCUCUUGGAAACAUCAUAAAUGCAACAUUUUUUGAAGAGGCAAAGGACAAAGACCGAGUUUACCUGAACUCUCAGGUAGUGAGUGCCGCCAUCGGGCCUGAAAGGAAUACAUCUCUCUCCAAGUCUGUGAUUCUGAAUUUUCAGCACGUGAAGAUGAAGCUCAGUAGCGAAAUGGCGGUCUGCGUCUACUGGAAAAGCACGAAGGAGGGCGGCCAGUGGUCCAGCGAUGGCUGCUUCCUGGUCCAAGCAAACCAAAGUCACACCAUAUGCCGCUCCACCCACCUGUCCAGUUUUGCUGUCCUCAUGGCCCUAACCAACCAGGAGGAGGAUCCCGUGCUGGUCGUGAUCACCUACGUGGGGCUGGUCCUUUCUCUGCUGUGUCUCCUCCUGGCAGCCCUCACCUUCCUGCUGUGCAAAGCCAUCCAGAACAUCAGCACCUUGUUGCACCUGCAGCUCUCAGUCUGCCUCUUCCUGGCCCACCUGCUCUUCCUCACGGCCAUCAACCAGACCAAGAUCAAGGUGCUGUGCGCCAUCAUCGCGGGUGCCUUACACUAUCUCUACCUGGCCUCCUUCACCUGGAUGCUGUUGGAGGGUCUCCACCUCUUCCUCACUGCACGCAACCUGACGGUGGUCAACUACUCCAGCGUGAACAGGUUCAUGAAGAGGCUCAUGUUCCCUGUGGGCUAUGGAGUCCCGGCUCUAAUUGUGGCCAUUUCCGCUGCAACCAGACCUUACCUUUAUGGAACACCUACUCGCUGCUGGCUCGACCUGAACCAGGGAUUCAUCUGGAGUUUCCUUGGCCCUGUCUGCGUGAUUAUCUGUGUAAAUUUAGUAUUUUUUCUCCUGACCCUUUGGAUUUUGAAAAGGAAACUCUCCUCUCUCAAUAGUGAAGUGUCAACCAUCCACAAUGUAAGGAUGCUGACAUUCAAAGCGACGGCUCAGCUCUUCAUCCUGGGCUGCACGUGGUGUCUGGGCCUCCUGCAGGUGGGGCCAGCCGCCCACGUCAUGGCGUACCUCUUCACCAUCAUCAACAGCCUACAGGGCAUCUUCAUCUUCCUGGUCUACUGCCUUCUCAGCCAGCAGGUCCGAAAAUGGUUCAGAGAGAUCAUGACAUCUAAACCUGAGUCUGAAACCUACACGCUUUCCACCAAGUUUGGCACAAACUCAAGAUCCAGUGAAAUGAACUGAAGAGAAAAUAUUCAAACUAGAACCUUCAACUCCACAUAGAAAGUCACACCCAUGGAUUUGGCUGACGUUGUGAAGAACAAAGCUGAAGACGAGCGGAAUCAUUACCUAUGACAUCCUUGGAGAGGAAAUGUUUAGCCUUUACUUCCUUAAGUGUUUGGUCUGCAUAAUGGGCUCCCAGUAAAUGUGUGUUGCAUCAGAUUUCUCUUCA